CGUUGUCGUGCAACAGCAUCCCAGACCACUCCUGUCAGCGGGGUCUGCGGUGGAAUGCAGGCGCAUGACACGGAAGGGCAAAUUGAAGUGGACGCCCCAUCCACCAGUAUUAAUGGCACGGGGGAAGCGGAGGCCACGCCACUGCGUCAAUGUCACACAUCGCGGGCUGCGUCAAGGCUGUCAUCUGAUCCCGUGUCUGCCAGACAAGUCGGUGGGCGUAUCGACGCGUUCCAGCAGCAACAUGCCCGCGAUUCAGGUUUUAAUGGGAGUAUAUUGGGCGCUACAUCUGCAGUCGCUGACCAGUUCGAUGAUGCUGAAGCCUUGCCUGACGUGGAUGAUGACGUAAAUGGAGAGAUUGGGUGCUUGCAAAGAUUUUUGAAUUUCAGAGACUCAACGACUUUGGGAGGUGCUUCCUCGCAACCUGUGCAUCAUACGGAAAGCGGCCGAUCCGAAUCGAGUGCAGCGCGGGAGAGGUCGAUCCGGAAGAGGAAACGUACAAACAAGGUUGCGGCUUACGACUCCUCRGAUCGAGAGGCCUUCUCGUCUGACGAUGAGGUCGUCAGCCCGGAUCUGGAAAUGCGGACUACACCUCUCACACAAUUUGCAAUCACCGGUGACGUGCGGCCAUUGCAGGUGGGAGGUCGUUAUGUCUCCAUGCACGCCUUGCGAGAUGUAGUGCAGUUUGUCGCAGUGGCGAGGGGCUUUGAAUACCAGCGAAAGAGAUCAAACGCCACCCAGUUUCACGCCAUCUGCGCCAGUCCAGACUGCCCGUGGGAGUUGGAGGGUAGGGCAGCACAUGCAAACGGCCCUGCUAAAAUUGUUCGCCUCAYCCCACAUCACCGUGGUUGCAGACCGCCAGUCCGGGAGACAACAGGCAACAAACACGCGAAGGAGACUAACCCCGGGUCCGUUAUCGACYUCGAGUGCAAUGGCGACGUCUUUGUCCGGGUUUUCUUUGCGUUCGCUGCUUCAGUGACUGGGUUCGGAGAUUGCAGGCCAUUGCUCGUGUUGGACGGGGCUCAUAUCCGAGGGAAGUAUGAGUGUUGCCUUCUCGGCGCCACUGGACGAGACGCGAAUGGUCAGUGUUUCCCCRUUGCUUAUGCAAUUGUCGACRCCGAGAGCAAGAACAAUUGGAAGUGGUUUUUGGUUCUUCUAAAUCGCGUCUGUACCAUUGCCGAAGUGCCUCAUGAGUCCAUCACGAUUAUGUCCGAUCGCGACAAAGGACYCGUUCCCGCGGUGARCGAAGAGUUCGGGGAUCACCGACAUGCGUAUUGUGUCCGUCAUGUCACCGGUAACCUUUUGAAGAGUUUAAGGAUCAACAAUGACCAGGCGGACAUGCUCCUCGAAGCUGCACGAAGCACGAGCGAGCCGRUGUUCAACUAUUACAUGCAGCGGCUUGCUGAUUUCUCAAAAGACAAAAACAUACUGCAAAAGAUCUUCGAGAAAGCUGACAAGAGGCAUUGGGGAGGGCCUCAUUUUCAAUCUCCACGGUAUGGCAAGGUGACAUCGCAAGUGGCCGAGUCGAUGAACAGCAAGUUCUUAAAGGCUCGGGGGAUGCCACCGAUACCGCUAAUCGAGGAGUAUCAGGGUUGGUUGCAGAAGUGGCACACUAAGAGAAGAGACGCGGCGGCCGCACAGGCAGGGAAACAUCCUGAGGUUGUCGAAGACUUCCUCGAAGUGACUUUGCAGUUGUCAAGGAAAUAUUCCCUUCAAAAAGCCGCCCGAAAUGUGUACGAGGUCUACAUGACGAAUUCGCAUGGCCGACGACAGUCUUGGCGGGUGGAGUUGCAACGACCAAAGGUGAUAUGCACUUGCGGCUUCUGGGAGGACACAGUACGUCCAUGCGCUCAUGCUGCAGCUGCUAUCGUCGCACGGAAAGAGGACAUCGGAAUGUACGUCGCUGAAUUAUAUACAACGCGAGCGCUGCGAGCUACAUACGACGGUGUUGUGUGCAGAACCCCGAGGCCGGCCGGUGGAGUGCGCCCUUGCAACGUGGUAGUUGCAGGAGAUGUCACCCCUGCUCGUGUCGGCGCAACCCGGCUUCGUGGUCACGAGCGGUUCGGGGACGAGCACGAUAAUCUCGGCAUUUAUGUUGGUGAUGUUAUCGACGACAUCGACCUCGACCCGGCAGUGCACGAGCAUGACGGAUUAUUCGAGGACGACAAAAUGGCUGGGGAGGAAAGCGACACCGACACAGAGGUUGACAAUGGGGAUGGGAGACACGGUCGACGGCGGGACAAGGAGAAUGAUGGAGGCGAGGAGGGAGUGAUGGGAGAUGGGGUCAACGACGAGGAAGGGGAGGAUAAGGACAACAYGGAGAGGGAGAAUGAUGACGAGGAACGAGAGGACGAGGACGGUGAAGACRAGGACAUGGACGACGCGGAAGAUGAUGAGGACAAUGAAGACGAGGAUAAGGCGGAGGAACAAGAGGAGGGGGGCAACAAGGACGGGAGAGGAGCGGAGGAAGACGAGGAGGAUGACCAUGAAAAGGAGGAGAAAGGAGAGGACGACGAAGGAGUGGAUGAAGAGAAUAAGGCAGGGGAUGCGGAGCGGAAUGAAGAGAGCACGGACAACGUUAACACGGGGGCAGAGGAUACCCGAGCAGGAAGUAAGGCGGACUGUGAUGAAAAAGGGGAAGACAAGGUCGGUGAGGCGGAAGUGGUGGACCUCUGUGCGGAGGACGAGGACAACGACGAUAAUGAAGACGAGGAGCUGUCAGAAACGGAGAAGGAGUUGAAUGGUCAGGAAUGGAGCAGGGGCAAAGAGCGGAAAGAGGCGGCAUGUGAGGCACAAGCAUCUGCUGAACSGCGACCGCRGCGUCACAGAAGACCCAGUAGUCGAUACGAGGGUGCGAGGAACCUUCUACACAACUUGGGCAAAGGCGCACGAGCAAGGCGUUGAAAAUUGUGUUGAUGAGACGUCGAGAAUUAUGGUGACAUAUUGAACAACGGGCGUUCGUGGCAGGUGAAUCUAUCUGUCACAUUGUGUGUGUGUGUGUGUGUGUGUGUGUGUGUGUGUGUGUGUGUGUGUGUGUGUGUGUGUGUGUGUGUUUGUGUCAGUGUUUGUGUCUGUGUCUGUGUCUAUGUGAGUGUGUCACAUAGAUCGGUGAUGACCCGUCAAAACACGGACUGGGUCCGCAAUGAUAUAAGUCCUUGGUUCCCAUAAGUGCUUAGAAUUAUGACGUGACCCGUUAGAGUUUGAUUUUCUGUCAAGUGCUUCSCAAUGACUAAUAAACUGUGUUUGAUUGU